AUGUUAAAAUAUUUAUUAAUCAAUAACACAACAUGUCAAUUUUAUUUUAAUAAUAUUUUAAUUUAAAUCAUUUACUACUUAAUAAUUAUUUAACAACAAUAUCCAUUGUAGGUCUCUUUGUUUCAUCCUUGCUCCUCAAUUCAUUCACUAAUUACAUAAUAUUCUUAGGCACAUUUCUACAAGGUAAUUAUUCAUUUUUCAUAGCCUUCUAAACAAUUUCUUGCAUCUCCAAACAAUCCCAAGGAACCUCUCUUGCAAAUAUUUCCCAUAAUAAAGUUCCAUAAGCAAAUAGAUCUACACCUUUGUCAUAAGCCUUUAAUAUUUCCACUCAUAUAUUUACUCGUUUAGCAAAUAACUCUGGAGCCAUGUAUGUUGGAGUUCCACUAAAUUAUUAAUAACCUUAAUUUAAUUCUGACUAAAAUUAAUUAAAUCAAAAUAUUACACAUCUCUUUGUUAAACCAAAAUCACACAAUUUCACUGUCUAUCCUUAUAAUAAAAUAUUGUGUGAUUUGA